AUCAGAAGACAUGGCCGCUUUAAGAUUGGUGUUGGCCCUCGCGCUGUUUGGGGCGGCGCUGGCUCAGCCCACGAAAGAUGCCUUCUGGAAGGGCACCCCCAUGGAUGGGAUGGUGGAGGAGAUGAGGUCAGGAUGCGUGGAAGGAUCAGACCCGACAGCUUGCAUCAAAUACAAGGUCAUGUCGUUAUUGGACAGCAUCUUCAAGAAGGACACUUUCCAGAUCUCAGAAACCGUAGAAGUUACCAAGAACGGCGCCAGCAGCGAAACCGGUCGCUCCUCUGGUGAUUUCAUGGAUUCCAUCGAGAAUUACAUCCAAUCCCACGACGUGACGUUCCAGCUGCCUAUUGCCGACACCAAGGUGACAGUCAGCCCCAGAAAUCUGGAGAACGAUGAGUUGAGCCUGAAUAUUAAGUUCAACAAGGAGGGUGCUCGCUCCGUCGGAGAGGCUCGCAAGGCCAAGCUCAAGAAGAUCAUUGUACCCAUCCUGGUGUUCGUGCUCCUCAAGGCCAUGACCCUCAUUCCCUUGGCCAUCGGUGUCCUUGGACUGAAGGCGUGGAACGCCCUGCAGCUGUCCUUCUUCUCUUUCAUCGUGUCGGUCGCUCUGGCCAUCUUCCAGCUUUGCAAGAAGAUCGCGGCAGAUAACAGCCACCCACAAAUUGCUGCUCAUGGACCCUGGGACGCCGCUUACGCUGCCACCCGCCGCAGGAGAGACGCGGAACCCAUGGAUCAAGCACAGGAACUCGCUUACAACGCUUACCACUAG